AUGUCUGCAAAUCGGACACCGACAGACUUGCCUAUCUACCCAUUUGCCAGCGUGGACGAGUUUGAAGCUUUUCUUGACCGCGAGCAUGGCACAGCCCCAGGAUUCUAUCUCAAACUAGCCAAGAAAGGGUCGGGAAUUGCAUCCAUCUCUGCAGCGGAGGCUGUCGAAGUUGCCCUGUGUUUUGGCUGGAUUGACGGUCAGGCAAAGCCUUUUGAUGACAAGUUCUGGCUGGCACGCUACACUCCACGCCGAGCUAAGAGUAUAUGGUCACAGAAGAAUGUGAACACCGUUGCCCGGUUGCUGAAAUCCGGCCGUAUGAAGCCGGCAGGACUCGCUGCCGUGGAGGCUGCAAAGGCCGAUGGUCGGUGGGACCGAGCCUACGCAGGUCCAGCCACGAUCACAAUACCAAAUGAUCUUGCCGACGCGCUGAAUGCCACCCCUGGAGCAGCGUCGGUCUUGGAUGGUAUGAGCAAAACAGAGAGGUAUUCAUUGCUAUGGAAACUGCACACAGGGUCAGCGAAGACGCGAGGGAAGCGAAUUGACGCACUUGUGAAAGGGUUGAUUGAUGGCAAGAGCCCGACCGCAAAGAUUCGAAAGAAGCAGCCGAAGGAGUCUUCUAAGUCGAAGCCGUCACCGAAAGUUACUUCCAGGUUGAGAAGGCGGAAAUGA